GGCCGCAGGUGCGGGCCACGGCGAAAUUCCACGCCCCGCGGAGGCCCGCCGGCUCUAGGGAGAGGAAGGGGAGGCGCGGCGGGGUGGCGCUCCCGGGCUGAGGUCCCAGGUUGUGCCGUUUAGACAAGAAGCAUGGAGGUCAUUCAUGGCAGGCCCUACUGUUGCAGGGAGCUUGAAGGAUCUGACAUACUGUCAGACACCUUUUACUCUAAUGAACUGCACACUCCACUAGAAACAGCUACUCGUCCAACUGCCUCAGAGAACAGGUUUCAGGAAUUAAGGGAGUUAUUCCCAGAAUGCCGGCUUCCAUGGGGCGCCGAGAGGGAAUACGGUGGGAUCAUCCCAGUUGCACUCCCCGAGGAACACAGGCCCAAAUGUGAACCUCCUCCUGUCCUGGGCAAAGGACAUCAGCAUUAUGGAUUUGGUGGAGACAUGUGGUCAAGAAAGCUUCCUAUUGAACAAUUCUAUUAUUUGACACAGAACAAAAAAAGUGAUGUCUAUGAAAAUGAUUCUUUGCUGCCCAAAUCACCUAAUUCAACAGUAGAAGAAAUCUGCUUACCAUAUCCAAUUGAACACCCGUACCAUACACACACGUGUCGCUGUGCCCUGUUCCCAACCUUCACAUCGCCUAAGGACCUCUACACAGGCACUAAAGCCUGCACCCAACAGCCUUUUCCUCCCACAGUGCCAACCAAAGCCUACGACACAAUGGUUUUGAAGACAAGAGGUAACCCUUACAGAUAUGAACUGCUUGACUUUCCCAUGGAUUCAAAGAAGAAGGCAUUGACUUGGCCAGGUCAAGGUGUUUAUUAUGAUUUUCCUAAAUGUGCUGAGAAAAAUAAGCCAAUAUUCUACCCAAAACCUCCUAAGACCUAUGUUCCAAACACUUCUUUAAAUUCAUGGGAUUCUCUUAACUCUGUAAAAGAAGCCAACAUACAAAGAAAUCUUGAGAAGUCCCACUGGAUCACUUCAUAUACUCAUGAUUUUACAGGUCUGGGGCCCAUGAACCCUCUUGAACUGGAUGAUUACCAUGAAAAGGAGAUAGCAGAGCUAACUGGACAGAUAGGAUUUGACCCACAGCCUCAAGAAAAAUUCCAUCCUGUCUUAAAACCCUCCCGACCCUUGGAAGGGCGAAUUGCCCGACUUAUUCAGAACCGACGUCCUCUAGAGGCUAUUGUCCAGCAAGGAACAGCUUCCUGCCCAGAUUGUACUCCUAGAGUUUUAUGUACUUUUCAUACCUUCAUACCCAGUUCUACAGAAAUGAUGGCACUAAAAGAUAACACACUGUCUGGCAUGACUCAUAAAAAUCAAAAUAUCGAAGAGAAGAUUAAAGAACAAGACCUGUUGUCUACUUAUGCGCUCCCAUCUUGUGACUCAUCCAAAGAUCUGAAUACUGUUUAUGACAUAAAAUCACUUCCAAAAAUCACAGAUACUAAAAAGACAGAUGAUUUGUACUGGAGACAGCUGUUAUUAAAACCCCCACCCUCACCUUACUGUAAAUCAAACCACUACAUUCACUAUGAACAUUUUAAAUCUUCCAUACGUGAUCCAUAUGCUACAUGUCAAAACUCUAUUAGCCUUAAUAAGUCUAGUAUUUUACAAAAUAAACCACAUAUUGAUGCUUUCACUUUAGAACAUUUUUUAAGUAAGCCAGAAGAAAAGUUGAACUUGAACUUGGAAAACAACGAAGAAACAAGACCUAUUGUGGAUUGGAUUCCUAGAGCAGGAGUGGCCAAGCCUCAUACCAACUUGCUGGAUCUUAAGAACUCUUUUUCAAAAACUAAUGCGCAAAAUCGUUUCCAUAAUUCAGUUCUGGAAGACCACAAAGACCUCAGGGAUAAAGUGCAUUCAGGAAUGAAACAUCAAUUCUAUGGCCAUAAUUCCUAUUAUUUCUAUAAUUGAAAUAUUUCUUCUUCCCUUUAAAACCCAGCCAAUUACAAAAAAAGAAAAAAAUAUAACAGAAUUUCCUUCAUUUUGCUGGAUUCCAUUUCUAGAUUAAGCCAUAAUAAUCUUGCUAAUGAGGUUUAUGUUUUCAGGAAUUUAAGUUAGGAUCUGGUCAGAGGAACCCAGACAAAGGUGUGCUUCCAACUUCUAGAAAACUUUAAAAACUUGUCAAUAAAAUAUUAGAACCAGAA